AUGGCUUGGUACGAUAUUUUGUUUUUUACAUCCAAGAUCUUUAGAGGAUAUGUUGUCAUUGGCAGAGCACGUCCUGCAAUCAAAGAAAUGUGGAAAAUUGCAUCUUUUAUAACAAUGAAAAAGAUUUGGUUCCAAAGAAACAGAUGUGUGUAUGAUAAAGAUAAAGUUAAUGUAAAGGUCAUCCAAGAUAUAAUUGUGAAGCUUACUGCAGAAUGUGAAAUCAGAAUGAAGGCACACAUAUGGAAUACAUCAUAUGAUUUACAAGUUUUAAAUUUUUUUGGAUUGAAGUGCAAACAUAUUAGAACAUCCAAAAUACAUGCAAUCUUCUUCAAUCUACCACAAAUGGGACAAAUUCUGCUAUGCUGUGAUGGUGCUUCUCAAGGAAAUCCAGGUGCAGCUGGAUAUGGAUUUAUUGCCAGAAACAGUGAAGGAGAAUGCAUAGUAUCAAUUGCAGGUGGAUUGGGGAUAGCUACAAACUAUUAUGUUGAAGUUCUAGCUAUUCUAUGUGCUGGAGAACGGGCCAUACACAGAGGAUAUACUCAUCUGAUUUUUACAUCAGAUUCACAGGAAGUUAUUGAAGCUUUUAAAUCUCAUAGAAUCCUUUGGUUUUCUAUUAAUAGAUGGAGGAGAAUCUGUACAAGUGUUGAAGAUCUGAAACUAUGUCACAGCUACAGAGAAAUCAAUUUCUCAGCUGACACUUUAGCUAAGAAAGGCUCAAGACUGAGACAAGGAGAGUAA